UGUAUUGGCACUUGCAGUAAAGAGUGUUUAGUACUUGAUAUGAUAUACAUUUUCCUGUGUAAAUAUUAUGUAGUUCUUCUGGUAUACACAUAGUUUAUGAAACUAAACAAAUAUCGAAACCCGUUAAAAAUAAACAUCCGUAACCGUGACACAAAAAUGACAAAUAUUGCUGUUCUGGGUGCUGGGGCUGUCGGACUAUCUACUGCAAUCAAUAUAAAGAGAGCCCUGCCACAUGUAUGUGUCACAAUUAUAGCUGAUAAGUUUGGAACUGAAACGACGAGUCACGGUGCAGGAGGUAUAUUCAAACCAACAGCCAAACUACUUCCCGGAGUACCAGAAAGCAUUGCAAGAAAAUGGACGGUUGAUUCUUGGAAAUGGUUUUCUGGUUUAACAUUAUCGUCUCAAGCUGGUAUCUCCGGAAAUCAAAUGGUAGCUGGAUAUUAUUUUUGUAACGAAGAAGUUAAAAAUCCAUUGUAUGCAGACUAUGUAUAUACAUUUUCAAGAAUGACGGACGAUGAAUUAAGAAGUUUGAAUAUGCUUAACAAAUAUAAGUAUGGUUACCAUAUUACAACAGUGAUAACAUAUGUAAAGAAAUAUCUUCCAUGGUUAACAAAACUAUAUUUAGAUGGUGGAGGAAAAUUGGAAGGAAGGCGAGUAGAAAAUUUAAACGAGCUGCGAGCUGAUUGGAUAAAAUACUGGAUGUAUACAGACGAUGGAAAGUACAUAUUACCAAAUGGAGACUUAACGAUAAUUGGUGGUGUCAGACAAGCUAAUAAUUACAGUCUAGAAUUAGACGAAGAAGAUAAGAAGGAAAUUCAACAAAAAUGCUAUAAGUUUUGGCCUCCACUUCAGGGGGCGCAAAUAGACAGUGAAUGGGUAGGUCUGCGCCCAUCAAGGACUCCAUUACGUUUAGAACCUGAAAUCAUGAACUUGUCAACUGGAAAAUUAAAGGUAGUGCAUAACUACGGACAUGGUGGCGUUGGGAUUGCUUUGAGUUGGGGAACCAGUUUACAUGCCACAGAACUUGUUAAGGACAUGUUACAGUCACAUUCACGUUUAUGAUGUUAAUCAAAUUAAUUAACUAAUUGAUUUGCGAUAAUGUUACAAUGUUUAUUGAGAUUAGCUUUUGUCUUCUAUAUACAGGCGACCACGAAGUGUUCAAAAUGCUUGUUCGGUCUCUGUUUGUAUAUGUACACAAUUGCAGUUAAAUAACUAUAGUUCAUAUUAUAGAAAUUCAAUUACAUAUUGUAACCACAGACUGUUGCAUAUGUUCCGUUGAUCUGAUAUUUAUUCAGUGUUACUCUAUGAUGGAAAAUGUCCUUUUAUAAUGAAAUAAUGCAAUAGAUAUUUCCACAUUUUGAGAUUCAAAAAUGUUUAAUGUAGUUGAUUUCAAAUAUUAUAGCAAGACAUUAAUAAAACUUUCAGAUUUUUCAAGAACAUUGCAUAACUUUUCUGGGGGAAUUAACUGGCAUUUUGAAAUAAGAUUUCGAUGUUGUUUUGCAAUCCAAAUCAGAUAGGAUUUGCACCAUGGAUCAAAGUUAACAAUUGGAUUCUUUGAAAAAAUACAUACACAUUGCAUAUCUUCCACAUAUAAAAAAUCUUGCACUAGUAAAAUACAAAUAGAAUGAUACUAUACAAUCAUAAGUUUAUAGUUUUUUUUUGUCAAACCAAUUUAUGUAUGAAUUACCACUAUGUUGCAAAAUAGUAAAACCAUAAAGAAAACAAUUUAUAAAUCAUCUCAAACGUUAAAACCCAACUGAUGCACGCGUAUAUAUUAGAAAUCAAAGGUGGCCACCAUUGGAGAACAUAAUUAUA